GUGUCCGCCAGGUUGAAAAUCCGUCGCUUCUCUUGGCCUUCCUCUUAACUGGCUGGCGAUCGUAGUACGCGUCAGAGCCGGCCACGCGUUCUCGUGCCGUUCUUUCUUAAAAAAAAAGAACGAACCCAUCGCCGCGAAAACGUGAUUUCUGCCAAAAGAGGGUGGCGUUGCCCUUUGCCUAUAUUGACCUACUGAUAAAUCCCUCUCGAAUCCCACCGAUGCUGACGAUCGCGCGGGAGUCCUACGGAUAGUCUUCCGCCGGAUUGUAUCGGAGAUUCGAAAAAAAAGGGCAGAAAAUUUUGCGCGCGAACCGCAAGAGAAGGUCCGUGUGUCUUGUGUGUGGAAAAGUGGAGGCGUAUGCACGCGCGUAUCUCUCUGUGUGUAUGUGUUUAUGUAUGGUGUGAUUCGUGUUGACUGUGUAGGGUGCAACGACACGACGAGAGAAAGAGAUAGAGAGAGAGAGAGAGAGAGGAAAAAAAGAGAAAGACAACGAUUUCAAGUUUCGCUCUCGACGCCAGCCGCUCCGAUUGCCUCCUUCGUCAGACAUGCCCCUGCUGAACGGCCAACAACCGCGACAUUAGGUGACAUAUAGGCGCACACGUGCACCGGUCAUGGUACGCAGUGUCAAGACACCUCUCUCAGGAGCGACCACCGGUGUUUCACAACGUCCUACCGCAAGAAUAAUGAACCGUUGGUUUUGGUGUUUGCUAUGCGUGAUUUUACAUCUCAGGCACGCCCAUUCUAAAGUCGGUUUAUGCGAAGUGGAAGGAGGACAAUCGAACAUCAUCCUCGAUAUCGAAGAGAGCGGAGGAGAUGCGAUCGAUCAGAAGACCGUGCCGGAAGAGCUUCCGGUGUCCGGCGAUCCCUAUAACGAGACCAUGCUGGAGCUUAUCUUCCCUGGAAGGAAGAUCCCCCUUUUUAAACUGAACGGCAAAAAACUGCAGCUUCUCGAGCCGUUGGACAGAGAUGACGAAAAUCUCUCGCAUGUGGUUUUUCAGUUGAGCUGCACGGUGAAGUCGACCAACAAGAAGCGGACGAUCCCGGUGAUAGUGAGAGUGUCCGACAUCAACGAUAACGCGCCGAAAUUCAUUAACACGCCGUACGAGACGACUGUGCCGGAGCUCACCCCGGUCGGCUCGACGAUUUUCAAGAGUGUCGACGCGAUCGACGACGACGCCGGUGUCAACGGCAUCGUCGAGUACUCGAUCGCGCCCGGCGACGGCAGCAGGAUCGGCAGCAACGAGGGCGUCGGGCGCAACAGGAUCACCACCGUCGACGGGUACGGCUACUUCAGCAUCAAUCUGCCGCAUCAGGGACAGGUCACGGUCAAUCGAACGCUCGAUUACGAGAGGACUCAGCGUUAUCUCGUCACCAUCCUGGCAUCGGACCGAGCGAGGAACGUCUCUGAGAGAUUCACGUCCACGACCACAUUGACGGUGAACAUACGGGACGACGAUGAUCAGGAUCCGUCCUUUAUUUAUCAAGGUUGUAUGCUUUCGGACGGCGCCUGCAUCAACCCGGAAUACUCCGCGUCGGUAUCGAGCGGAGUUCUGUCCGGCAUACUCAAUAUCUCGCCCGAGAAAAUACAAGCGGUCGACAUGGACAGCAUAAACGCGCCAAUUCACUAUUCGUUCCUGAGCGGAAAUCCGCCGAAUUACCGGGACUUCUUUGAGAUAAAUCCCAACACCGGGGCGGUGAGGCAAAUCAAAGCCGUCGACACGACGGUAACGAAGAAGUUUGACAUUAUUAUCAAGGCGGUCGAGGUGUCAGAAGCGAAGCGAUCGGCCACCGCUAAAUUAACAAUCACCAUCAAGCCCGUCGACAGUAAUCCGCCCGUUAUAACGGCGUCAAACAUCGAAGGUUUUGUCGACGAGAACGCGCCGAUCGGCACAAAGGUCAUCGAUGAAAGCGGGAAUCCCAUUGUGCUUACCGUGUCGGACGCCGAUCUGGGACCAGAUGAUCCGAAGCCAGCUUACACCUUCGAAUUAACGACGAAUUUCUUCGCGAUCGAUCCGUCCGGCGUGCUUGUCGUCAACGAGGAGAAUUUGGACCGGGAUCCACCGAGUCCCGGCCGCUUCCGAUUCCAGGUGGUCGCCCGGGAGAAAACGGGUGUGGCCGCGUCGUCGCCGCUGUCGUUCAUCGUCACGCUGAACGACGUUAACGACAAUGCGCCGCUACUUCCGAUGAUGCCACCCAUCACCGUGCAAGCGGGAGAGACAAAGAGACAAAUAGCGAAGGUGGAGGCCACGGAUAACGACGAGGGCGAGAACGCCGAGAUAACGUACAGUAUCUAUCACGUGUCGAACAACGGCCUGCAUAAGUUCAAGAUAGAUCCGAAGACCGGCGUUAUCGAGUCCGUGAGGAAGCUGAACGCCGGCGAGCAGUACAGCAUCACCGUGCAGGCCACCGACAAGGGCGGCAAGUACUCGCAGACAAUCGUCGAGGUGAACGUCAUUCCCGGGCCCAACACCAGGAGCCCCGUGUUCCAGCAACCGGUGUACGAGGUGCAAGUCAGCGAGGGGGCCUCCAUCAAUUCCACCGUCGCGACUAUCACUGCCAUUGACCCAGAAAACGAUCCGGUGUCGUACUCGAUAGUAUCGGGGAAUGACUUGCGCCAGUUUGCGAUCGGCGACAAAUCAGGCGUUAUAACCGUUAUAAGGAAGUUGGAUAGGGAGGACCUGACCCGGUAUCAGUUGUUAAUAAAGGCCGAAGAUACCGGCGGUCUCUACAGCACCGCGACGGUCAAUAUCAUGGUCACCGACAUCAACGACAAAAAUCCCGAAUUCGUGGGCCUCCCAUACGAGUUUACCGUGAAGGAGGGCGAGGCGCGUAAAUUAAUCGGCCGUGUACACGCCGAAGACGCAGACGAAGGUAUAAAUGCCGAGAUCACCUAUUUCGCACCUGACGAUAUUCCUUUCACCGUGGAUCCCGACACCGGCGAUGUCCUGACGAAGAUAGUGUUGGACUACGAGCAGAACAACGAGUACAAAUUCGUUGUGACUGCGAGGGAUGGAGCUCCCGAUUACCGUUUGGCAACCGCGACAGUCACGGUGAAAGUCAUAGAUGUCGAAGACGAGGUUCCGAUCUUUCGCCAAAGCAGUUACGAGGCGCGCGUCAAGGAAAACGUGCCCGACUAUAAUGUAAUUCAAGUCACGGCCGAUGAUCCGGACACAAAGAAGCAAAUUACGUACAUGAUCAAGCAAGGGGAUACCGAACUCUUCAGCAUAGACCCGAAGACUGGAACAAUAAAAACUAUCCGCGGUCUCGAUUACGAGAGUCAGAGCCAGCACGUACUUAUCGUGGGCACCGAGGAGAACACCAACGAUUUACCCGGCUCUACCACCCGUGUUGUCAUUAAUGUUCAGGACGUGAACGACAUUCCACCGGUAUUUACGUCGGUACCACGUCCGAUCACGCUGGACGAUGACGUCCCCAUCGGUACGACCGUGAUCAAUCUCGUCGCUGCGGACUCCGAUGGCACCGCGCCGGGAAAUCAGAUUCGAUACGAGAUCAUCGGCCGCGGUAUCGCCAGCAAGUACUUCGUAAUCGAUCCCGACACCGGCGUACUCCGAAUACGAGACGACUUGCGCAAGGAGACCGACUCCGAGUAUCAGGUCGACGUGCGUGCAUACGACAUGGGUGAGCCGCAGUUGUCCUCCGUGACGACCGUGCCGGUCUACGUACGUCACGUGGCGACGGUGCCGCCGGAGAUCGGUUUGGGCUUCGCGGAGAACUCGUAUAACGUCGAAGUACCCGAGGACGCGGGCGACAACACGCUAAUAAAGAUACUCACCAUCAUCAACAGUCACACGUACGACACCACGCCGCUCAGGUGCGAGAUUUACAGCGGCAAUGAGGAGGGCCUGUUCGAGGCGAACAUCACGGAGGAGCGAAACUGCGCGCUGCGACUGAAGAAGGGCGCGCUGGAUUACGAGACGACGGAAUCUUACCAGAUUAAGAUCAAGCUGGAAUCGCUCUCGGGCCUCUUAAACUCAGGCAGAAAUACGACGAUGGUGAAGAUCCAGGUGCUGGAUGUAAAUGACAACAAGCCCGAGUUUAUCUUCCCGGAGACGAGUCAGAAGCUUACGAGGGGACGUUACUUUGCGGCGAUUCGGCGCACCGCGCAAUUCGCCUCCACCGUCGUGCAGGUGAAGGCGCACGACAAGGAUAACGGCAAGUACGGCAAGCUGGAGUACAAGAUCCAGGACGGGCAAGGCUCCGGUUACUUCGCCAUCGACGGCUCCACCGGUAUAAUCAGGACGGCGGCGACGUUCGACCACGUGGACGCGUCCGAGUUGCCAUUCAAGUUCGACGUUCGCGUGCGCGACAACCCCAACUCGACCGACAACUACAACACCAUCGUCGCGCCGGUGACCGUUAACCUGAUCGGCGAGGAACACCUGAUGAUUCUGGUGGUGCAGGACGCGGCGCCGGACGUGCUGCAGAAGGCGGCUGGCAAAAUAGCCAACGUGAUCGAGGAGAAGAGCGGCCUGUUGAUCGGCAUCGACAGGGUCGCGAUGAGAAAGAUCCUCACGAAGAACGGCACCGUCGAGACGUUCCCGCAGGACUCCGACGUGUGGUUCUACGCGGUCGACCCGGAGACCGAAACUAUACUGAGUAGGAACAGCACUAAAGUGCAGAGGUCCAUCAUGGACAAAUCGGCCAUGUCAAACAUCACCUUUGACGUGUCUACGUUAGUGCGGGCAAAUGCCAUCGACAUUCACGCACCUGUGAUGCCGCCCGAGCCGAUACGAACGCAAACGGCGGUCGCGUUCAGCGGCGAGGUAUUCCCGUAUGCGCUGAUCAUCAUCGCGUGCGUCAUUUUAAUCCUCGGCAUCGCCGGCAUCAUCUACAUAUGCGUCUCCUGGUCCAAGUAUAAAGCAUACAAGGAACGCAUGCAGCGCAUGUACGUGGUGCCGCGAUACGAUCCCGUCUACGUAGAACCCAAUUUGAAGGAAUACGAGACGCAAGUGCUCCAGAUGAGCGUGCCGGUCGACGACAACGACAGCUGCAAUGAUUUACAAUUGGAUUUUAGCAACAAGAAUCACGCAUUCAGCCUGGACAACGUCAGCUACAUCACCAAAGAUCACGGAGACAGUACCGGCCAGCAAAGUCCUGUCAGCUCCGAAGCGGCGACCACGGCGCGAGCGUCCAGCAUCGUCGGCAAUCACGGCGACACCAACAUUCACUCCCUGCGACGGUCCACGCUGGGCCGAAAAAAUCACAGCAACACGAACACCCUGAACAACCGUGACGCGACACCGGUACUUAAUCCCCUGUACAAUCACGGUGGUGAUCUGCUGAGCCCUAGUCCGUCCAACGACAACGUCACCUUCAGGGAGAGGAAGGAUUAUUCGCAUCUCGGGUUCACGUAUCUGGGCGAGCAGAGUCCCGUAGAGACCACGACGGAAUUGUAAGUUUGAGACCCCGAGAGACCGAAUGCGUGCGAAUGUUUGUCACUUUGAAGACUGUCACCGAAUUAUACGUACAUAUCCGUGAAAAAGAAAGCUGUAAUCCUACAAACAUGACUUAUACCAGCAUUCCGUGAUUUUUAUUUUGAUAUCAUAUAUACACGAAUAAGAUGGAUAACUGUGAUGGACACAUUUUUUUUUUACAUUCAAGGUUCAAUCGAUGGUGAGGUAUUUGCAAUGUUUAAAAUUUGAAAUUUCAUGCAUAGAUCUCCUGUCGACGUGUAUCGUCCUGCAUUCGCAACGUAAAAUCAACGUUCACCUGUCUUUCAUUCGCAACAAGCGGACAGGAGUUACGAACGUAACUCCCUUUUGCAUUUAAUUUUGACAAAUGCGUGAAAUACGUGACGGCGAGAGGAUUCUCUCGAAACAUUCGACGCCAUGUAGCUCGCAUUUUUCUUCGAUGCGUCGAGCAACCCUAAAGAGCCAUACGAAGAGCAUAUGAAAGCUUAUAAAUAGUUGAAUGACUUCGUACCUAUAUAUGCCUUUCCUUUCAUAUGUCAUCUUCUGAAUGUGUACCGAUGCCUGGCGUGCCUGAUUCAGCGCGCGCAAUGGUAGUCGGCGCGGAAUUCCCGGCGCGACGGGACACAUUCUGAGCGAGUUGCUCCGUAUGUGAUAUCCAUAAAAGAGCAGUGUUAUAGCGUUCAGAUGCAACGGCAGGCAAAACGAGGUCGUGAAAAUAUCGCGCGCGCGCGUAAAGGGCGACUUGAAAGAGAGGACGGAUAUCCUUUAGAGCUACCUAGCUGAUAAUUCCGUGUGAUUUACUUUCAAUCGAGCAUCGCAUUUUUUGCGCUGAAGCUGAGAGCUAGUUUUGCAGCAACAAAUUGCAAGAUUUUUGCAACGCCUCGAGUUAAUUAUUGUAAGCCAUUGUCACUGCAACUGCGUACAGAUACAGAGAAAGUUGCCGUGUAAUUAUAAUUGAGUCUCGAUUCACGAUUUUUCAGAGAUAUUUUCUCAUAUUUCGCGGCGACUCAUGUGGACUCUCGUCCGUGAUGCGUUAAUGUACAUUUUCGCUCGCGCGACCUUGUAGAAUGAUUGAUCCCGAUCGCGUUGUGUACUAUAAUACCUUUUUUUUUAUUUAUACGAGAUCGCAUGUUUGCUCAUGUCAUUCUAUUGUAAUCACAAUUUAACCGUGACGAUGACGACGGGCGCAUACCGUUUGCACGUGAUCGCGGGGAGUAUCCGUGAAGUCUCAGCUGGCAGCUAUUGCGCCGGUUCCACCGCGACACGUAUGUACGCUCGCCCAUUGUUCACACGGCCGCACCGACGGUCGUAAUUAAACGACUGCCAUGCGGGGGACGCGUCAUCGACACCCGCGUAAAUGGUGGAGUUGCGUACUUAAUUAGGCAUGCGUAAUUGUCCAUUUCCUCCAUGUAAUUUCGACCGCUCUAUACCGACUUUGUGGACUGAGAGGUCAAUCCAAUCUGCGGGAAGACACUAGGUUGAGAGGAGGAAUUGAUACGACUUGAUUGAAUGUAUAUCUCUAGUCGUAUAUAGCGGACGUCCACUGCCGUGCAAUUUCUAAGCCGCGUUUUAUAUCGAAA